CAUUAGUCGCUUCGAUCAUCUCAUCCUCGUAAGACACCGGCCGUGGAUCUCCCUAAAAGUAGUCCCCAGAACACCAACACUUCCUGAUUGGUUGAUCUCGUUUCCCCCAAUUCGCAAAUCCCGGAUCGUAGCGAUGAUCAGCAAAACGACGAUCAUCUACUGCGCCUUGCUAGGCAGUGGAGUCCUGUCGGCUCGGCUGGACAAUCUGUACGGGGCACCUGCUCCCCCGGGAGCUAGUCGGGGCAGUGGCGGCGACGGGAACUUCCUGAACGCUCCUGCGCCCUCCAAUCAGUACCUACCCCCAACCGGCCAGGCUAGCAACCAGGGUGGCUACCCAUCGGUAGCGCCCCUCGGUGGCCAAGGAGGCCAAGCCCAGAACCAGUUCGGAUACAACCCCCAGCAACAGCAGCAACCCCAGCGACCUCAACAAUCCUUCGGAGGCAGUUACGGCGCUCCGUCCGGCGGAGGUCAACCCGGAAUCGGUGGCGGCGCUGGUGCCCCCGGUGGAUUCCAGGGAGGAUUCCAACAGCCUCGUACCACCCCGAUUCCGAUUCUGCGCUACGAGAACGUCAACAACGGCGACGGAAGUUACCGCUUUGACUACGCAACCGGCAACGGCAUCCAGCACAAGGAAGAGGGCUACAACCGCAAGAUUGGCCCCGAGCUGGGCGAGCAGAUCGUUUCCGGUGGAUACUCGUACACCGGUCCCGACGGCAAGCUCUACAGCGUCCAGUACAAGGCCGACGCCGGCGGUUUCCAGCCCGUGGGAGAUCAUCUGCCCACGCCGCCACCGCUGCCCCGGGAACUGCAAGAGGCCUACAACCUGCACGCCAAGCUGUUCGCCGAAGCCGCCGCCCGACCAAAGGACCCGGCCUACCAGGAACCCCAGGGAGGUUACAGCCAGCAACCUGGCCAGCAGUACGGAGCCCCGCAACAACAGCCCUCGUACCAGGCCCCGCAGCAGCAGUACGGAGCGCCCCAGCAGCAGCCACAGUACCAGCAGACUCCUCAACAGCAGCAACCGCAAUUCCAAAACACUGCCGGCCCUGUCCAAGGCUACCCAUCGGCUCCGUCCAACCAGUACCUGCCCCCAACCAACCGACAGCCUAGCUUCAGCCCUAGCUCUGGAUACCGGUAUUGAACCAGCCCCAUCAGAACCAUCCUACCACCACCACCACCACCCCCUUGAACACGCCAUAAAUCAACGAAGAGACCGCAAAACUGGAACAAGAAAACCAUUACACACACUCAACAAUAGAACACACAUUUCGCAAGCAACGACUACUUGGAUGACGACGAUGAUGAUGAUGAUGCGUUAUCGAUGGCCGAGACGACGACGAUUGGCAAUAAAUUUGAACAAAGAUGUUCUGUUCUGAUGACCUGUGGAACGCGAUGUAUCGACGCAGCAUCGAACAAUGGGCAUGGCGCUGAAGAAUGCCACACAACUCAACAUUACUAAUUAUGCUGCCACCGAUCGUUUAGUGUGUAACUGAAGACAAACCCCCCUGCAAACGCGAGACAACACAAUUCUUCUUCAUCUUCUUUUUUUUGUAUGUAUUUGAUAGGAAACGUAACAAUUAGUGUAGAAUUAUGUUUUUUUGUAUCACUACCGGCAAACAUACCAACAGCGAUGAACUCCGUUGUACAGAAAUGCUAAUUAAUAAAGUGCAUUAAAAACAGCGAA